CACUCCCUACUUUCACCUUGACCACACCGACUUGCACUAAUAAUGAACUUCUUCAAGUCGAAACCAAUCGAGUUGCCCGAGCACAAUUGCGUAUUGGCUCAUGCAUUGAAAACACUAUCGCUGCAGAAGUUAGUCGGAAAGAGAAUCGUAUUGGCAUCGAACAGUCCCCGACGAAGGGAUAUCCUUCGUACAUUUGGCUUGGAACCAGAAAUUGUGCCUUCCACUUUCGAUGAGACGCUCACGCAUGACGAGUUCGAGGACGUGCAUGAGUAUCCUGUUGCCACCGCAACACAUAAAGCGGUCGAGGUGUAUGAACGACUAGUGAAAGACGAUCCAAACAAUGCGCCAGACCUCGUAAUAGCAGCGGACACCGUCGUGCUCACACAUCCUUCACCCGGUAUUUCGACCACACCCUUUGAAGGUCCAUCCGUCCGUCAAGAGAUCCUGGAGAAGCCCAUAUCGAAGGAUGACAAUCUUCGCAUGCUCUUGGAUAUGAAUGGCGGUGUAUGUGAAGUAGUGACCGGCGUUUCACUUGUAUACCCUGUGCUUGAGUCCCCGGGCUAUAAGAUCAAGUCACUCGACGAGCGGACGCUUGUAUAUUUCGCCGAUAACCCCAGACACCUUCUGGAAGCUUACGUAGAAAGCGGAGAAGGUGUCGAUAGGGCAGGCGGCUUUGCCGUACAGGGGCUUGGUGGUAUGCUAGUGCGGAAAGUCGAUGGAGAUUAUCAGAAUGUCGUGGGUUUCCCAGCCGCAUCUUUCUUCAAGUUCCUAGAGCUCCUGCAUGAAGAGGAUCAUGACUUCCUCGAGAUCUAGUAAACAGGAGACCUCAUGCGUUUUUGUUGAGACUUGGAUACCACUGUUGGCAGCUUCUCCGAUCGACUCCAUAGAAGGUGGACUAAGAGUAUACAUGGCAUGAGCUGCCGUUGACAGUGCCCUACAAUGGUACUCAGUCUACCCCAAUUGCAUGUGGCGUUGCUUCUAGACCUGUCAAACGCUGUACACAGUAGGCCACACAGAUAUGGAAGGCUCGCGGAAUUGACCUCGGGAUUACAUGGAGUCGUUGACUCCAAUCUGCACUCAUCUGACUCCCUUCUAGAAAUAGUCGAAUACACCGGGUAUACAAAAUGCUCCGUUCUCCUAUUCCACUCAAGCUUCCACUCAAGCCUCGGCAUAACCUAGGCGACUUGACCAUUAUCAUACAAACUUGUGCCUGUCCCAUAAAAGAGACCUCUAAUAAACUCCAUCCCCUUCUACUCUC